AUGGGACCAUGCAAAGAUUUAGUCUGGGAAGAGGCUCCCAACAAUCAGGUACAAUGUGCUCUUGUUGGUAAUGAUGUUACCGACAAAUUAGCAUAUGUACAUGAACCAAGCCAACCCAUAAAAAUUUUAAAUCCUC